GGCACCCUGAAACUUCUGGCCGCUCUCGCCGAGGAGAGCACUCGCUCAGCCGAUCCAGAUUACUGUGAAGAGUUGGCUGAUCAGAUCGAACAACUGCUUCCCGUCAUCGCCCGCUUGCGUCGGGAGGCCCAGUUUGCGCCGAAAUCAAUCUGUGCUACAGCAGGCCCGUCUUCUGGAAUUCUCAACGAGCACUGCGACUUACCGUCUCCGAGCUCAGAGACUGCAAGCAGCAGAUCGAGGUCAGUGAUCCGGCCAAGCACUCAAAGAUGCGGGAGUGGUUCUUCUUCAAAUAAGACAUCAACGCAGACCGGCUCGCUGUCCACUUUUGAUAUCGUGGAUCGCACUAAGCCUGAGGACGAACAACGAUUUCUGUUAUCGGGCAAAGUUCCCGUUGUACAUUCCCAAACUUGCCCGACUGGUUGUCCUCCUGUGCUGCAGAGUGAGUUAGGAGAUGAAGGUCCCGACCAAGCCAUUGCAUUGCCGCGCGAUGAUCCCUUCCUCAACCUUGACGAAACAGACGUCCCUGAAUUUGAAGAUUUCAUGCGUGAGUUGGAUCAGUAUUCGGACCCUGCCAAAUGGUGCAUGACACAUGGAUAUGCGACAACUGGUUGCAAUUGAAUAAAUCAAAAACUUGUGGAUUAGAUCGUUCAAUGUAUCUUUCAGAAGAGUAGAUUCAAUAGCUAGAGAGAGCACAUCGUACGAGAGUGUCAUCAAAUUAUCAGCACGUGAGUUCAACAUACAAGUUGCAGAUUCGAAAAGACAAAAACAUACAACAGCGGGUAUUCGCUAGUGGUCACCCACCUAACUACUAAUCCGCCGGUACGUUGCUUAAAUAGGGCUGAGCGAACGGGAAGCCUUGUUUUCAACGUCCUAUGGUCGUAUGUGGAGAAUAUGAGAAAAACUAAAAUUAAUAAACUGAGUAUCGUUGU